UUUUAGUUUCGCUUUCUUCUUCUCUUGCAAACAUUCAGCUGAGAUCUGCAGCAACAUUUAAACUUCCAGAAAAUGAGGCUUGUUUUUGUUUCUUCCUCCUUCUGCCUCCUCUUCACUUCCUGUCUGGCUGCAGCUUUACAAGAUCAGCAGGAGGUGGAAGCUGGACAGAAUGUCCCUCUUCAGUGUCAGGCUCCCAGAAACACAGAAAUCCUCAUGUUGGAGUGGACCAGGUCUGAUCUCAGCCCAGAGGAUUACGUCUUCUUCUACAGAGAAAAGCGCUCGUACGAAAGCUACCAGCAUCCGUCUUUUAGAGGCCGAGUGAAGCUGAGAGACUCUUCCUCUGUGGAGGACGGAGACGUCUCUGUGGUCCUGCAGAACACCAGCAUCACUGAUUCAGGAACAUAUGAGUGUCUGAUCACAGUCAGAAGCUCAGGAAGCAGUGAGAGAAACUUCAGUGUUGUCAGUCACUCCAUCAACCUGACCGUCACAGCCUCAGCUUUCACUGAUGCGCGUGCUGAGUUUGGACGAGGUGAAGACACAGGAGGAGUAAAGGGUGGAGUUAAAGCUGCUGCAUCAGUUCCUGCUGUCCUUCUGCUUCUUGGUGGGGUUUUUGUUGCUGUGAGGUAUUGCAGGAAAUCUAAACCACCUUCAGAGAACAGCCCACCAGCUCCUCCUGAACACACUCCUGAACAACGCCUGUUCCAGGAUAUUUAAUCUCUCCUCCUGCUUGUUUUCAUGUCCAGCUGCUCUGCAAAGAUGAAUCAUGUUCAGGGCGGCAGGUUGAACACAUUUAAACUCUGAUGUAGUAAAAUGUCUCAUCUCUCUGAGAGUCUUUAAAACCCAAACAUCCCCUGCUGCAGAUGUUUCUACUGAAAACAGAGAGAACAUGAACCAGUUCCCCAGAAGAUGAACCAGUUCCCCAGAAAAUGAACCAGUUCCCCAGAAGAUGAACCAGUUCCCUAGAAGAUGAACCAGUUCCCCAGAAGAUGAACCAGUUCCCCAUAUGAACCAGUUCCCCAGAUGAGGAAUCAGUUCCAGGUUUCAGAUCAAUAAGUUCAGAUAUCAGACCAGAAUCAGCAGAAAGAAAUAAAAAGGUGUCAUCUACAUAAAGUCCAAUCUUUCUGCUGGUACCAGUGUUUAAAGCUCAGAGACUUUGUUUCCAUAUUUAUAGUGGCCUUUUCUGACUUUUAGAGCCUCAUCUUAAUGAGGACCGCUAUGGACCAGCUCCUCUGUCCUAAAGCAGUGGGUCCUGCAGUGCUCCGUCCCAGUAUCAGAGCGGGACAGAUGUAAAACCUUUAGUUUUAGUCAGUAACUGCCAAAAUAUGCCUUUUAAAUAAAUGUUUUCUGGCCCCACGACCAGGUUAAAGAGUAGGGUUGGAAUUUAAAGCUGCGUUACGUAGGUGGAGGAAGAGAGAAAAGAAAGAGAGAAAGGGACGGAGAGAUAAGAAAGGAGUUGAGAUGAGACGUCUUUUAGUCUGGAGAGAUCUCAGAGUUCAGGCAGGAUGAAGAUGAUGCUGAAUUAAACGUCGAUGGAGGCGUGUUCAUUGUGUUUUUACUAGAAAAGAAUCAACAGAAGAAAGUUUGUAGUUCUAAACAUAAUUCAGAUGGUUUUUUAGUAACUGUUAGUGUCUCCUAUAACAUCAUUCCUCUGACUUAUAACAUUCAUUACAAUAAGUGUUGAUGGUUAAUUAUUUAAAUCAGGUGAUGACAUCACUUGGUGACUUUUAGGAGAGCCAAUAGCUUCCUUCCUUACUGAGAGGUUGGCAGCACUGGUUAGUAGAAAGAUGCUGUCAUGUUGCUAAGCAGCAGCUCUGCUGAGGGUCUCCCUUUAAAUAAACUCUGCACUUUACUUUUAUGUCCAUUGUUUUUGAAGCAUCAGCACUUUCUGGCCAAUCAGGUUGCUGGUGGAGCGUUCCUCGUUCUCAUCCAGAGGCAUCAAUGAGCACCUUCCCUCCGUCCACCUGCUGGACAUCAGUUCAGAAAGAAAGUCUGAACUUUUUUACAGAUACUUUAUCAUUUCUAACUUUUCUGGUUUUGAAAUUAUGAGAAUUUUUUAAAGUAUAAAUAAUUAAAAUGACCAGACAGUGAUGUAAAAACUAAGGACUAAAUCCAUAUUAAACUAGUCUGGAUUAUAUGUGGAGUAAAACUGUUUUAAACAUUAAUGGAGACGGUCUUCAGGUAUAUGUUGGCUAUAAAUGAUGAGCUUCAUCAAUCACAUGUAACAUUAGCUCUAAUAACUUCUAUUUUACUUAGAAACGUCAUCGAUGGAAAAAUCAGCAGAAUUUGUGUAAAAUCCUGUAUUUUUAUGUUAAAUCCAGUUUUUCAGCACUUUAUUAAACAGCAUAUAUCUGUUUUAAAAAGCUUUGUUUGAAUAAAACUUAUUCUGAAUCCCGUG